CGUGAAAAGAGUAAAUAUUUUAAAUCAAUUUAUCGUAAACAUUUAAAUUUGGCGGGUAUUUAAGACUCUCGUGCUAUAAAACAUUAUGGUGAAGUGGUGUGAAAAUCAGUUUUCCGGUCCCAGCGACCCAAACUGUUUGAAAGACCUUAAAAUUUUGCGUGAAAAGAUCAGUGCUGAGAAUGAAACAGAGAAAUUUGAAUUGCUCGAACAUUUUAAUAAAAUACUGACAAAUUGGAAGGGCGAACUUCCCAAUCUCCGAAAAAUUUUUUGGCCGGAAGAAAUAGAUUGGUUUCUCUCGGAUUCCAUAAAGUACCUUGGAAAAGAAAGUGAACUAAUCAUCGAAUUCGUGGCUCUCACCGGUUACACAGACGAGGCCCAAGUCGACGAGGCCGCAGGCGGCGAGCAGUGUGAUUAUAAUGCUCGUACCACACCAGUUCAUCAUGCGGCUAGCUGUCGCGAUUUCUCCAACGAAUCGAUGCGCGAUCUAUUUCGAAUCUACAACAGAUUUGAAGUAAACUACACAAACGAACGAGGCGUAACGCAUUUUCAUGUGGCUUGUAAGUACGACUGCGGCGAGGCUGUCGAGAAAUUCCUCGAGAACGGCCAGGAUCCCGACAGCCUGUGGCCAAAAACGAGCGAUCCAUUGCUGCAUUUGACUGUGGAAUGGGGUCACGAAGAUAUCGUGCGACUGCUGCUGAAAUAUGGCGCCGAUCCCAACAAGAUCGAUGAGUUUAAACGCACACCUCUGCAUGUCCUUGGCACGACGAUGCACGAAGGUGACAAGGGUUCGAUAAUCUUUGAGACCUUUUUCGACAUGUGCGACCAAUUAAAUCAAGAGGUGCACAUCGACGCCCGAGACAAGUGGGGCUACACACCGCUGCAGUUGGCUCUAAAUUGGCGCCACAAUGAGAUAGCUGAAUUGCUUCUGAGAAACGGCGCUGAAUCGAAUGUGGCCGAAUCAUACGGACGUACACCUUUGCACUUCAUUUGCACUAAAUCUAAUGAUGACGAAUGCGCGAAGCUCUUGAAGACAUUUUUCGACAUCUGCGACAAAUCCAAACGACCGAUUGAUGUCGACGCCGUGACAGAUUGGGGUUGGACCGCACUCAACUCAGCUGUGAGGCACAAAUUCUAUAAGACGGCCGAAUUGUUGGUGCGAAGAGGAGCCAAUCCAAACGUAAUCGACAAGUAUAGAUCGCACGCACUGCACGCGAUUGUCGAGAAAGGCACCGACGACGACGAAGCGGCGAGAUUCUUGGAGGUGUUUUUCAAGAUCUACGCCGAAAAAAAUCAAAUGGUAAUGAUCAACGCUCGGGACUUUUGGGGUCAGACACCGCUGCACAUAGCUAUGUACUUCCUUCACAGGAAGAUGGUUGAAUUGCUGCUGAGAAAUGGCGCCAGUCCAAAUUUGAUCAAUGAAAAUGGGCAGACUCCUCUCCACGUGGUGUGCGAAUUUAAGAAAGACGAGGAACCGACGAUGACAAUGUUGCAGAUAUUUUUCGACGUAUGUGACGAAGUCCAUCUGUCGGUUGAGGUCGACACUCGGGACAAGUUAGGCGAAACACCGCUGCAAUCGUCUCUGAAUAACAAUAACGAGAAAAUGGCCGAGUUACUGCUGAGAAGAGGCGCAGAUCCUAAUUUCGCCGAUGAGGAUGGACUGACUUCUCUGCACUAUUUUUGCCGAUCUCACGCUGCAUUAUCAAAGUGGAAGAAAUUUUUUGAGAUAUUCGACAAAUUUCAUAAAAAGAUACACGUCGAUGCCCGGGACAAGAGAGGUCGGACACCACUGCAAUUAGCCGUGGUGAAUCUCUUGCCGGAUGUGAUCGAUUUUCUCUUGGAUCGAGGCGCUGAUCUGUCCAGCUUCGUUUUUCCCUCUGAGAGUGACUUCGAUGAGAGCUUUGAGCGUAUGAACUCAAGAUCAAAAAUAGAACUAGCUGGUAAUGCUCUGGCAGUCGUCGAAAAUCUCGAGAAAAGGGGAUACGAGCUGUAUCGAAGCGAUGCCCUGUCAAUUAUGAAAACAUUCGCCAAGUUCAAAUUGUUCGGAGCGAAGCAACUCACGCGCGUUCCCGUCGGCGAC